ACAUGCAAAGAUCAUGGCUGCUAGCUUCGUGUGCCUAUUGUGUCUUAUGGUCGUUGGACAAGUUAAAGGGACUUCGGCCUUUGAUGAUUUCACGUGCAUCACCAAGCCCCGCAUAGACAUCAACAAUGAAGACACCUACAUUGCUACUUACCUACAUGGCAGUAACGCAUCGUUAUCCUUCCGUCGGACAACGUUCACAUAUACAGGGUCAUCAUCAUACAGUUAUUACGGACGGACAUGGGGUCGGUUACCGCUACCUGCUAACCACUCCUUCGAAAUCCCUGCACUACCCGGAGGAGAUGAGGUCUCAAUUCUUCGUUUGCCAGCAACCGGUGGUAGGACAAGGAUAGGCUCUUUCGCCUGUGAAACCUCGUCAACUCAAGGCCUUGCCAACAACAGCAUAGGAACUGUCAUCAUGAGCAGAUCUGCUGACUUCCUCCCUACCCUUAUGAGCCAGACGAUUAACUUUGGUGAAAGUGUAAAUGUGAGUGUCAUGGCAACAGACCCAAGCCGCACGAUCACCCGCUGGAGAAAGGACGGCAGUGGAGUAUGGUACCGUUCAAAUGACAGAUUACACUUAGAAAUCAUGAAUGCCAGUCUGUUUGACAGUGGUGUCUACGAGGUCCAUUUUGCCGGGGAACGUAUGCUUGGCAACCAGGCUCUCAUGCGAUUAAUUGUUAGGGCAUGUGUGAAAAACAAAUGGAACGCACCUUCAUGUGACAGUGACUGUCCGGCCUGCUUCAACGGCGGUGUUUGCGACGAUAUGACUGGUGGUUGUAUUUGCCCGCCAGGAUUUGGGGGCCGUUUCUGCGAAAUAUUGCUAGGACCAAACCGAUUUGGGCAAAACGGAAGCUUUCUCUGUGACACCCCGGAGCUAGGAGGCGGGCCCACAUGUGCAGGGAUGCUGUUUUGUUUACCGGAUCCUUAUGGCUGCUCAUGUGCUGCGGGGUACCAGGGAAUCGACUGCAUUGAAUCAUGCGGUGAUGGUUUCUACGGGGCGAACUGCGCUCAAAUUUGUCGGUGCGAUGACGGGGCUCCAUGUAAUAAAACAACAGGCGAAUGUUCCGGAGACUGCGCACCAGGAUUCACAGGCAUCAACUGCCAAGAGCCAUGUUCUUCCUCGUCACACGCAUUUCCAGAUAAAGUACAAGACCUCACUCUGGAAUCGACGGCCAACGAGAUAAGGGUGUCUUGGUCAUCUGACGGGGAUAACGACAAAUGGUGUGGCAAAAACACAGCCUAUCAUGUUAGUUAUCAGCUUCUUGACCUGGAGAAGUGCCAACCUCAGAUCAACCCCGUGUUUGAGGACGCAGGAAUCACUCUUGAGAAGGGUAUCGUUAUACGCUCUCUACGUGCACACUCGACGUAUAGAGUGUACGUGACUUCAAAAUAUAAUACGGGAAACCAAACAACUAAAAGCAAAGACAUUAUAACCGAUGAGGGAGUUCCAUUAGCUGGACCUAGAGUAAUCUGCAUGUCUUCGUCUUUUCAAAUCGCUCGCGUGUCUUGGCGUCCACUUCCCUGCGGCAAGAGAAGCGGCCACAUCACGGGCUACACGUACGCACUCCGAGACGCAAAAGGAUCCCUAGUCGAAACAGACAACACCACGGCCGAGUCUCUUGUAGUUGAGGGUCUGACACCGGGGGUGUCAUACCAAUUUAGGCUGCGGGCGUUCACACGUAUUGGCCCUGGACCCUGGGCGGUUGCCUACAUUGAGAUUUCUGAAGUUGACCAGCGAAACUCCGAAUCGUCUGCCAGUAGAGCAAAUUUUGUCGUACCUGCAGCCGUUGGACUCACUGUUGGCGUCCUACUUACCGCGGCACUUGGGUCCCUUCUGGCUUUCAUCAAACAUAGGCGCCGCAGAACACGAAAACGGAACACAAACAGACUAACAAGUCAACCGUUGCCUGAUAAAGGUGAUGCUGCAGAAGCAAUGUACGAAAACGUCCACGAUGAAGUUCUCAUGAAGACCCCCUCAGCACCACCUAGCCGUGAAACAUCUACCAGGGCAUCGUCCAUCAAGUUAUCCAUAUCCACGCGUGUGCCAUCCACACUCCAUGCAACACCACCUCGGGGUAACCAAACUAAAGCACCGAAACAGCGACAAACUGUAGGCCCAAUCGGUAAAGACGGUGCCUACUAUGAAAGCAAAAUCAUUUCUUAGGGCCAUGGCCUAAAUUGAAUCGAUAGAAACACAAAAAAGAGGACUACAGGCAUGUCGUACUGUAUCUGAGCAUUAAAUGUCACCAAACAAAAUAGGCUCCAUUCAAUAACUCUUGGGGGCGCUUUGCAGCCCAUCUAACCAGAGCUGCAUACACGAACGUAACGCAAUGUUUACGAUAGUGCAUUGUGGAUGAAAGGUUGCCGACAACAGUCACAACACAUACGCUUUCUAUUGACAGAACAUCAUGUGCAUCGAAAUUGUUAAAAUGAUCCUGAAAUUUGAGAAUGCUUACAUUUCCAAAAUCGUCCGUGUUAACCGUCGUGUGCUAUUGUGUGUACGUAUGGUUUCAAGCACACGACGAACACCAGGGCUGCAUUUUUUCAAGCUUCCACGAGUCCGUAAGUUUGUUCUUUCUACGGUCGUGCGAAGGCAUACAUGACUGACGAUCGCCAUCUUUGAAUCUACCCCACUUUUCACCCACAAUGCAAUGCGAUAACUAGUGCUGUAGCCUACAUAAUCAUGUUUUACCUUUACAGGUUGUACUACACCAAAUACGCGCCCAUAGAAAAUAGCGCCGUGUGUUGAUUCUCGUGAAGAGGUUGGCCUCCGUUUUUUUUUACUGGAAAUUCAAGAUUAUGGCCAGAAGAUCACUUUUCGUUUCAAUUUCAUGGGGGUUGGCCACGAACAUUUUUUUACUCCCCUUUGAACGAAGAUUAGGCUAGCCCCGAAAAGCGGUAAAACUAAGCUCUCAUUUCUGAAUGUAGCCGCCCGCCUCUAUCCAAAAUAGGUCCACAAUUAGGGGCUUUUGUGAAAGA